UUCAAUUUCUUAAAAUUAUUAUCUAAACGAAAUUUAAAAAAUUCUUUAAAGAGAGAAAAAGAGGGUCCAAAAACUUGUUUAAAAAUAUGGCAGGGAGAAAUGGUGCUUUGGUACCUGUUGUUGCUAUUCUUUUUGGUGCAUUAGCAGUUCUUUUCACUUUUAUUGCUUAUGCCAAAAGGAUUAAGCCUGAAGAUGUUAGUUGGAACGUAGACGACGGUUCAUGUGUGUAUCCAAGAAGUCCAGCAAGUGUCUUGUGUGUGUUCGCAGCAAUAUUUCUUUUCACUGCUCAGAUUAUAAUCAGUGUUGGUGCUAACUGCUUUCGGCGUACUACUAUUCCUUCACUUAUUCUAUUCGUCUUGUCCUGGGUUUCAUUUUUUAAAGCAUUUGUACAAUUCAUAGGCACAGCUAUUCUAAACAACAGCAACUAUUUAUCACGUAAACAUUCAACAACCUGCUAUGUUGAAAAGAGAAGGUUUUUCUUUGCGGCAGCUAUUUGGUGUAUAAUUACACUAAUUUUAAGCCUAAGUUCUUACGCUUUCUAUGCGUGUACUUCUGAGGCUCAACAUAGAAAUGUUAAUCUACAAAGAACUGCUGAUUCUGACGUUGGUGUUGCAAUGGGACAACCUCAUAUGCGUCAUAUGCAAAUGUCAAAGGACCAAUGUUGAUAUCAAUAUGUAAUGCAUUUAUGUUGGUUGGUGAAAAUUAAAACCAAUUAAUAUUAUUAUACGUAUAAAAGUAAAAUGAUAUGCUUAUAUUUUAAGUUUACGAUUUUAAAAUAAAUAUGUAAAUAUGUUUCUCACACACUGAAUUUGUACUAUAAUUUUAAAAUUGUAGUAAUUAUUUAUAAAUUUAUAAUAGUUAUUCACCUAAUGACCCAUCCAGCUUAGUGAUGUAAAGAGUUUAACUUACAAUUAAACAUGAGUGACGGGUCAAGGGCCUAUAGAAAUUUAAAUUUGACUCUUAAAUGUAUAACCUUUAAAUAAGUCAAACUUUAAACGAACUCUUUGUUUAUAUAAAUAAAGCGGGUUAAUAUGGGAUC